GGAAAGUGAGCAGAAGUCAUCCUUCUACUGUAUGCAGGUAGACACUCCCAUCACAUUUGUACAGACCCAAACCUGAUUGUGGCUUUGAUCAUGUGAUCAUGUUUCCUAACACUGUUGUCACUUCAGAGGACCAGUCAAAUUCAGUCUUGCCACUAUAAAUGUGAAAAAUCGUCACUUGUAUUCUCAUUCUCAUUUGACACGAGAUUCCAGACAUGAUGACUUCUAAGGUCUUUUUUUUAUUUUUGACAUGUUUGUUUUUUGGAGCAAAUGGUAAGCUGUGGUUUUAUCACUUGUAUACACUUCCAUGUAUUUGAAUUUGUCAUAUGUGUCUGUUGGAUUUGAGCUUGCUUUUGUUUCGUUUUUAGGUCAGAAGACUUAUCCUAAAUCAUCCUCCUCUGUAGAAGAGAAAGACGGUUUUCUAUCCGUGAACAUUGGUGAAAGUGUUAGUUUAGAAUGUUCUUAUGAAGAUCAUCAAAUAACAUGGAUCGCCUGGUACAAGCAAACUUUGGGACAAAAACCUGAACCUAUGUCCACUUUCUAUGCAAACAGCACAGACGUGACUUUUUUUGAUGAAUUCAAGAACAAUGAACGCUUCAAACUGGAUACAGAAAAUCGAAAUUAUCACUUGAAGAUUUUUAAUUUGCAGUUGUCAGACUCUGCUACUUACUAUUGUGCAGUGAGCUAUGCAAUGGUCCUGAAAUUCACGAAGACUGUUACAGUCCAUGUAAAGGGUUCAGGUUUAACCGUCAAGGCUUCAGUGGAUCAGUCGUCCUCUGAGAACAUCCAUGCAGGAGACUCUGUGACUCUGAACUGUACAGUACACACUGGGAGCUGUGAUGGAGAACACAGAGUUUACUGGUUCAAAGACUCUGAAGACUCUCAUCCAGGACUCAUUUACACUCAUGGAGGCAGGAAGGAUCACUGUGAGAGUAAGAAGAACACACAAACACACACCUGUAAUUAUGAACUGCUCAUGAAGAAUCUGAAUGAGUCUCAUUCUGGGAUCUACUACUGUGCUGUUGCCUCAUGUGGACACAUAGUGUUUGGAAAUGGGACUAAACUGGACCUCACAG